AUGCUUUCCCCUAAAGAACUCAAGCAAGCUCAUCUUGACGCAGCCCACGGAUAUGGGUUGAUGGGUCUAACAUGGGCAGGUGGCGUUGCUCCUAAAGAGCAAGCAUUCGCCGCGCUAAAUAAGGUUGUGGAGCUCACACCCCAGAAGCCUGUGAUUUUUAACGUAGGUGAGUUCUAUGGGCCAGAUUACUCCAACUUGAAGCUGGCGCGCUCGUACUUCGAAGCGCAUCCAGGAUUGCGUGAGCAAACAGUGGUGACCUGCAAGGGCUGCGUGGAUAACAAGGCUUUGGUGCCUCAUGGCGACCGUGCGUUCGUUACGCAGUCCAUCGAAAAUAGCAUGAAGGCCUUCGGAGGGCCUUUUGACAUCUUCCAGCCCGCUAGGCUUGACGAAAAGCUCUUUGGAGACAACGUAUACCCAGACGAGACUUUUGAAACUCUCGUGGAAUACAUCAAGAAGGGCUCAUUGGGGGGCCUGUCCCUCAGCGAAGUCAACGCUGAGCAGAUAAGAGCAAUUCACGCGAAGUAUGGUGAGUAUAUAUGCUGCGUGGAAGUUGAGUUCAGCUUAUACCACCCAGAAAUUCUGACAAACGGCAUUGUGGACGCCUGCAAUGAACUAGGAAUCCCAAUUGUGUGUUACUCACCCCUCUGUCGUGGCCUCUUGACGGGCGCUAUUACCAGCCCCGAGGAUUUGAAAGCAGGAGACUUCAAAUCAAUGCUCAAGAAGUUCAAAGGCGAGGCACUCAAACACAACCUGAAAUUGGUUGAUUUCUUGCAAAAGGAAAUUGUCAGCAAGCGCAGCGACGGGCUCACUCUUCCAAGCUUAGCACUUGCCUGGAUUCGGUCCUUUAACUCUAAGUACCUUGGAACUAAAUUUGUUCCUAUCCCAGGCGCAUCUUCGGCCAAGCGCGUGGAGCAGAACUUCACUUCAUAUGACCUGACGCAGGAAGAGCUUGCCAAGAUCGAUGGGUUCCUGAAAACCUUCAAAACUGCUGGCGAUAGAUACGAGUUUGAGACCUGA